AUUCCAUAGACAGACACAGAGAAAGAGAGAGACAGAGAGAUUUCUAGAGAGAGAGAGAGAGUUUUGUAGAGAGAGAAACCUUGCAGAUCGUCAAUGGCGUCCACCAAGGAACGUGACAACUUCGUCUACAUCGCCAAACUCGCUGAACAAGCCGAGCGCUAUGAAGAAAUGGUGGAGGCAAUGAAGAAUGUGGCGAAGCUAAAUGUUGAGUUGACUGUUGAGGAGAGAAACCUUCUGUCAGUUGGGUACAAGAAUGUGGUGGGUGCUCGCCGGGCUUCGUGGAGGAUUCUCUCCUCAAUUGAGCAGAAGGAAGAAGCUAAAGGGAAUGAUGUGAGUGUGAAGAGGAUAAGGGAGUAUAGGCAGAAGGUGGAGUCUGAGUUGUCCAAUAUAUGCAGUGAUAUCAUGAUUGUUAUUGAUGAGCACCUUAUUCCAUCGAGCUCUGCUGGUGAACCUAGUGUCUUUUUCUACAAAAUGAAAGGAGACUACUAUCGGUACCUGGCGGAAUUCAAGUCUGGUGAUGAUAGAAAAGAGGCUGCUGAUCAAUCCAUGAAAGCAUAUCAGUUGGCUUCCACUACAGCAGAGACUGAAUUACCUCCCACUCAUCCCAUUCGAUUGGGCUUGGCUUUGAACUUCUCUGUCUUCUACUAUGAAAUUUUGAACUCUCCUGAAAGGGCAUGUCACCUUGCUAAGCAGGCAUUUGAUGAAGCAAUCUCUGAACUGGAUACUCUGAGUGAGGAGUCUUACAAAGACAGCACACUAAUUAUGCAGCUUCUGAGGGACAACCUCACCUUGUGGACCUCUGACAUCCCUGAAGAAGGAGGUGAGGAAAAGGUGGAGUCUGCCCGAGCACCUGCAGGGGAAGAUGCAUAGUGAUGGGAAAGCAGAUAUUUGUUAGGGGAAUUUGUGGUGUGCAUACAAGAACUCUUGCAACUCUUCAUAGUUUACCAUUAGGAUGUGAUGUUGUAAUAGAACAUGAACUUGGUCUCUAGUAAAUUACCAUAGGGCUUUGUGAUGUCAUGUGAGUCUUUCAUUCUAUGCUUGUCUUUGCUACUAUUGGAGACUGGAGUUGAGAUUGCAUUGGUUGGUGUUGUUUGGUUGUAAUUUAGUGGAUUGCUUCUGACUUGGAUCUUUCCAAAAAGAAUGCUAGCUUGCAUUCAAUUAGUUUACACAGUUGAUAUUGAUUUAAA